AUGAGCCUGACAAAGAUGACAACCCGUGAGCAAACGGUUCUUCUUGCUGCCGUUCAGUAUUGCCUUGCAAAUCCUGCAGGCCUGAAGAUCGACUACAAACUUCUAGCAGAGCAUGGCGGAUUCAAUGGAAAUGUUGACUCUGCACGCUCCGCCUGGAAUAAAAUUAGGAGGACAUACUUUGAAGGCGGCAAGACCAACUCACCAACAUCGAACGAGACUCCCAAAUCCAAUGAAUUUCUCGCAGUCAACAGCCACGAAAAAGACAGCGACUCCACUCAGCCCGUCAAUCCUCCCAAGAAGCGGACUCGAAAGCCCAAAGAUCCCAAUGCUCCUCCUACGAAACGCGCCAGAAAGGCCAAGCCUGCUCCUGUAACCAAGAAAGACCCGACCAAAGUCGAGGGAGGCAAAUCCCCUGUUAGCGGAAAUUACGUCGGCAAUGAAGACAUCAAGGUAGAGACCUCUAGUCCUGAGGAGGCAGCUGAGGAUGAGCAAGAGGAGUCUGUUGCCUAA